AUGACAGAGGUAGAAGGCAGUCCAGUUAUGCCAGAAUGGGCCAAACCAAGAGAUAAGAAUGCUCCACCUUCGGAUAGCAAGUCUGUGAUAGCUGCCUUAAAGAAAACAGCCUUUGUGGUCGGUACAGCUUUAAUUUGCUUUGCAGCAGCUAGAAACACCAUCACAUGGCAUGUGGAACGUGUUUGGGGAGCCUCUGGGGAUCUUUGGCAGGGAUGGUGGGCAAAAUUCCACUCAUUGUUUGGUGGAGAUCAAUUUUUACUUACUGUAGUAGGAACAAAUGUGGUGACAUUUGUUGUGUUUUGGUUAUUCAAUGCAUUUUAUUUGUUUGUGGAUCUUACUGGGUGGCCAAAGUGGGUUCUGCAGUAUAAAAUACAGGACGGAACAAAUCAGCCGCUUGACCACAAAAAGCUUAUGCGUGCAGUGAAGUUAGUUUUAUUCAACCAGAUUGUAGUUGGUGGCCUUUUCUCUAUUGUUCUAUACCCUGUGUACACCUGGCGAGGCUGCCCCUUGGGUCCAGAAUUACCCACCUUCCAAUGGGUGCUGUUUGAAAUUGCAAUUUUCUCCUUGGUGGAAGAAGUUGGUUUCUACUACAGCCACAGACUUUUCCAUCAUCCUCGUAUUUACCGUUUUGUUCACAAGAUCCACCAUGAAUGGACAGCUCCAAUUGGUGUUGUGGCAUUAUAUGCCCACCCUUUGGAGCAUCUUUGUUCGAACCUGUCUCCAAUCGUUCUUGGACCAUUGCUAAUGGGCUCCCACAUUGCUACGGCCUGGAUGUGGUUUGCUUUGGCAAUUAUGACCACAGUCAACACGCACAGUGGUUAUCACCUGCCAUUUAUGCCAUCACCAGAAGCUCAUGACUUCCAUCACCUCAAAUUUACUCAAAAUUAUGGAGUUCUUGGUGUUCUGGACCGCCUUCAUGGCACCGAUGUCAUGUUCAGAAACUCAAGAGUGUAUGAUAGACACAUCAUGUUGCUAGGGUUAACUCCCUUAAAACAAAGUUAUCCUGAUAAUCCUAAAAAGGGCUCACCAAACAAAAGCAAAUAAUAUAUUUUUCACUUAAAAUCUGUAUUGGCUGUAUGUAUAAUAAUGUACAUGGUGUGCAAGUAAUAUUAUAUAAAGAGAGGAU